AUGCCGUGGCGCCCUCUGCCGCUGUCUUAUGCAGUGGCUGUGUUUCCCUUUCAGCCCUCGGAGUCGGCCGCCGAGUUACCACUGCAGAUAGGUGAUCAGAUAUAUGUCAUCGAGGAAGGUGGUCGCAAUGGCGAGUGGUGUAGAGGCUAUCUCGUUGCGCCUCCCUCCCUCGUCUCAGCCCUCACUCCCGAGGGAAGGACCGCCGGCGAUGCCAGAGUCUUCUCUGGCAUCUUUCCAAGAUGUUGCAUCGAAAUCCGCGAGGAGUUAGGACAAGUCCCUUCCCACCACCCAGACCCCGAACAGUCUGCCAACGGCGAUAAGCCCUCAGCACCGGUGCCGAUGCUGAAGAUUGGUGAUGAGAGCCCAAUUUCAUCCAGCGAGCCUUUGGUCGACGAAAUCUCCAGUUGUCUUCGCGAAUGGUACGUCCUACAUCUGCCGGAUCUGGUUCUCCAACGCCAAUAUCAACUCCUGGACGAAAUGGCCAUCAUAACCAGCCGCUUGGAUUACGCCCGUCGACAACUGCUACAUGACGUUCUGACUCUGCGUGAGAGGACUGCUGUUCGAGAGCUUGCUGUAUGGGAUUUGGUGCGCGGCAAUAAGAUGCUGAACGGUGAAGUAAUUGUUCGUGAUAGCAGCCAACAUGGCCGACUGCUCACCGCAUCUGAUUCGGCCAUUGAGAUGUCCAAAUUACAGUCCAUUAUGGGUGCUCUGAACGAGCCCCCGGUUGAAAAGGUCGAAGCCACGAGUCUCAACCAUGUUCUCCUCGAAGUCAAGAAUGUGACAGGCUCCGAAUUGGAUUCCGUGAUGCUUAACUUUGCUCUCUAUGAAAAGACAGAGGACGAUAAAUUUUCUGUCUACUCCGAGACCUACAGCGCGCCCGCUUCUUCAAAGUUGAAAACCCUCUUUGCGGAUUUCAACGCACGCGAUAUUGCCUCGGACAACCGCUUGUUUCUUGUCGUCAAGGCUGUGGCCCCAGAACCUCCGAAGCAAGCCCCAAAGCCGUCACUCGACCGUCCGCAGUCGAGGAAUGGCACUCUGGGAAGGAAGGAGAGCAUUCUAAAUCGACGCAGAUCGAGCUUGAUGUUCGGUUCGAAGCGGAAGGCUACAAACGAGAGACCGCAGGUCGGUCCUAACGGUCGCAUCAUCCGCGAGAACCAAAACCGUGCCUCAACACCCAGCAUCCCAGAAGAUGGAGAAGAAGAACAACUCCCGAAACCUACUGGACCACCUAUACCUCGCACCCUCGGUGUCGGCAUCAUGGAUGUCGCGUACGUAUUGCGCAGCGGCCAAGAAGCCGAUGAUCUGGAGAUGUUGCUCUGGGCAUCGUCUAACCGUAGCGAGGAAAAUGUGAGCCAAUUUGAUCCUCUGGUUACACCAUUCCUGCGCUGCAACCCGCAAAGGGGAGUCGCCCCAUGCAGUCGUAUAGAGCGGAUCAAAGUGUGUCUUAGGCCUUUGGCAGCCCCGGACGCCGAGACCUUGAUAAGAAACAAUCCAACGUCAAUGUACAUGGUCUGCCGGUCCCGCAAGAUGGGCUUCUCAGAGGCUCCUUCUCAGAAACGAUCGGACAUCUACUUGAACUUGUCAAAAGCGAACAUCGUUAACGGGGCCCAACUAUCACAUCCAGAACUGGGGCCAACGCCGAUCAAGGCAUCGUCUCUUCUAAAUCUCCAGUUGACGAUGGAAGUCAGAGAUUCCACGGGUCGACGGGUUGAGCAGUGUAUUCACGUCUCAUCGAAUAGCGCUGGCGUGACUGCAUUCCGCACAAAUGCGGCCGAACUUGGGUCAGACUGGGAUCAGACCGUUUGCCUUCGAAUACCAGCAAAUCGGGUUCCAGAAUGUCAUCUUGUUCUAAGCAUUGCUGACGCGCCAGAUUUCCCAUUUGCGCUGGCGUGGAUGCCAUUGUGGGACAAGCAUGCUUUCAUGUCCGAUGGGAAGCAUCAGCUCAUUCUCCACUCGUACGACAAGAGCACUUCAAGCAUCGUACGCGGUCGUGGAGCUUAUCUAUCGUUACCCUGGGACUACAGCAACUAUGCUGCCGGCCAUGAUGGCGUGCGAGCUCAGCUAGCGUCGCUGGAAGUCGGCACGAAACUCUCCAGCACGGAGUAUUCUCAAGAUCGCCUGCUUGUCAGCUUGAUCAAUUGGAAGCAAGCGUCGUCCACGCAGUUGAUGGACAUCCUUCAGAAGCUCGUGUUCAUCCCCGAGAUUGAGAUCGUCAAGCAACUCAACGAUGUUCUAAACGCUUUGUUCGCCGUCCUGGUCCACAAAUCUGGGGAGUCCAAGUUCGAGGAUCUCAUCUUCAACGACAUUGUCUUUGUACUUGGCAUCGUCCACGAUCGGCGCUUUAAUCUUGGUCCUUUGGUGGAAGAGUACGCCGAGAACCACUUCAAGUCUCCAUUUGCGGCAUCAUGCCUCGUUCGCAGCUUUACUAGACUGCUGCAAAGUGUAUCGGAUCCGCAGAGCGCGCGUGACAUGCGAGCGCUCUUCAAAGUUGGAAAGCAGUUCAUGAAGCUCUUGAUGGCCUCAUACCAGCAACGACGAAAUAGCAGACAAACUAAGGACAACGACAAAAAGCAUGAAAAUUUCAAGGAAGACAUGCAAGCUGUUUUGUUCGGCCUGCAGAUGAUGCUGCGCAGUGAGACUGCUGCCCUUGUGGGAAGCAAGACACUUCUUGUACAGAACUUCCCAGGCUGGAUUCCGGAACUGCUUUCGACCUACUCCAAGGACGAAGUCAUCAAGAUUGCCAUUGCGUUGGUAGAGGCGGGCGACGAAGCAGAAGGCAAGCUUGCCCUAUACCGCCUGGUAAUGAUCUUAAAUUACACCAAGCUUGAGGGACUCUGGACCGACCCAAAGGACCGCUCUAUACUGAUCAAGCAAUGCCUGCGGUGGCUCAAACCGCACUGGACAUUUAAUCAUCUCACAGUCGAUUGGCACGAGCAGGUGCGCCUAUGCUGCUCCAUCGUGGCCGAGUUGUGCAAGCAGCCAACAUCACAGCUCCAUGAAUUUCUGCCCUCGAUCAUAUCGACCUACUGUUACAUCGCGACACAGCCUAGCAUCAAGACUCGGACACUUACAAUGCUCUUCCCCAAUUCAUAUCCGCUUGCAUCGAAACCGUCAGAGACGAACGAGCAUUAUGAUGAGGCAUUACUUGAGCUGUCAGCGUUGCUGUCCACUUUGGUGGACAAGGUCAAACCCAGCUCUUUACCCAAGGCCAUUCGCAACGAAGGGCUCGAUAACUAUGUUUUGUCGACUCUGACCGUAUUGCGUUCGUUGCUCAAUAAUGAUGCCUACCCAGCCUCGUGGUUGAGUCUGCACACCUAUCACCACUCUUCGGCCUUGAACGUGCUUCGGUAUCUGGACUCGAUUUUAGCGGCGAAUUUUGUGCCCACACCUGAGGAUGCUGAGAAUUUCGACAUGCAGCUGUGGAAGAUGUAUCUUGAGACGCUCCUAUGGCUCAUCUCGUCGUCUUCGCUGACGCUCGAGUCGUUCCCAGAGCAGAAGCGCAGAGCGGUGUGGAAGAUCGCAGGCGACAUUCGUCAAGCCGGUGCAGAUCUGCUGCGGCAAAGCUGGGAAGGCCUAGGAUGGGAGACGUCGGCAGACGAUCUCAGACGAUACAACAUUGAGAAGCUCGGCGGUUAUCAGGUCCAGUAUGUACCUGGCCUGGUGGCACCCGUUCUUGAGCUGUGCCUGAGCAUGCACGAAGGCCUGAGAAAGGUUGCGGUGGAGAUUUUGCAGACGAUGAUCGUCAGUGAGUGGGCGCUGAGUGAAGACUUGGAUCUCAUCGAGACGGAGCUCAUUGGUGCGCUCAAUACGGUGCUGAAGGCGAAGAAUCCCAACCCCAAUGAGGCCAUGGCACGGAAGCUAUGGGUGGGAGAACUACUUGACUUGUUCUCCACGAUUGCCAACCAACCGGAUGACGCUUUAUGGACUGCGCUGGAAGAAUUGGUGGCCACGGUGGACGAGCUCAUCGAUUUGCUUACCAUGACCGAUGAGGAGCAGGUGACCAAGUCGCCGGUCAACGAAAUUGACCAUGAACUCGAGCGGGCACGAAAGAGCAUUGACGGAGUCAGCGCAUCACGGGAAGGGCGGGAGUACGGAACGCACGCACUGGAAUGCUACAAGCAACUCGCAGGAGAAUAUGAGAGAAGCGGUGAUUACAAGAGAUUGGCAAAGACGUAUCGAGCCAUUGCCAGGAUACACGAGGCACGAGCGUCGGGGCGAGCAACGAGCGCGAUGGGAGGAGCCAACGGGCAUCACCUGGAGGAGGAAGAUGAUGAGGAUUAG